CACAGACGAGAGAGAUUAGUUGCCGAAUGUCUGUAAUGGUUGUGUCAUGCUUCACACAGGAGCGGCGAUUCCAAAGAAAUAUUUAUCAGUUCAGACCUUUUCGUCGCGAUUCUCGAUGCCAAACGAAUAACGGGUAAUAAAGGAAAGAUCAGUAUAAAUUCCUUUGUGGAUAUGAGGGGUUACUGCUUCCUAGUGAUCCUGCUGUCUACAACCACAUUGAUAAGCGUGAGGGAAGGUUCUUGUCAAGAAGAGAUAAAUUUGGUGUGCGAUUCUUACCACACAGAUAGAGGAAUUUUGAACGGGACUGAGAAAUGCAAAAAUAGUGAUGAUAGCUGUUUUGUUCUUUGGAGAGAUGAGGUGAAUGAAAGAAAUGAAACCGUCCAGAUAGUUCUUAAGAAAGGAUGCUUUAAGGUCUCUGCGCAUAAUCCUUCUAGACGUUGUCAAGAUGAUUGCAUUCAAAAUCCAAACUAUGAUGCCUUCAAAAGCAAAAAUGUGUCUGGCUUCUGUUGCUGCAAGAUGGACAUGUGUAACACGAACUUUACCUCAGUGUACUAUGUGGAGCGUGAGUCUACUGUUGCACCAGCCUCAACUGCAGGGGAGUCCACCAGUCAACAAUCAGACAUGACUGUCACGGUUGUGAUUGCUUGUGUGAUGUUUGUUGUCCUGGCCAUAAUAAUGACAGCAGUUGUUGUCUACAUGUACAAAGUAAAAUGUCACACUGCUAAGUCUACUGAUAGAGGAGCUGAGGAGAGAGAACCUCUAGAGCUACCACUUGAUCUUAGUGGGUUGCACUUUGAGGAGAUGGUAGGCCAAGGCCGUUAUGGCUCGGUGUGGCGAUGUUUCUUUAAAGGUGAGGUUGUUGCUGUCAAAGUAUUUCCGCCGGAGCACAGGGGCACGUGGGAAACUGAACGAGAUGUAUAUGAAAGACAUUUGUCACAUCCAAGUAUAUUAAAGUUCUUUUUUGCAUCACAAAGAGAGAGUACUUAUGGACCAGAAUAUUUGUUGGUGACGGAAUACCACAGCAAAGGAUCACUGAUGCAAUUUCUUAAGAGCAGUACAGUCACAUGGCAAGAGAUGUGCACUCUUAGUCAUUCCCUGGCAGCUGGGCUGGCUUACUUACAUAAUGAUGAUGAUAACGAGGGAAAGCCUUGCUUUGUUCACCGUGAUCUAAGUAGCAGGAAUGUGUUGGUCAGCCCAAAUGUUACGUGUGUACUGUCAGACUUCGGCUUUGCUAUGAAAAUGCCAGAAAUUGGAUCGACAAAAUCCACUGAUGACAUCAUCACUGAGGUUGGAACCUUGCGUUACAUGGCACCUGAAGUCCUGGAUGGAGCUGUGAAUUUACGAGAGUGUGAGGCAUCAUUGAAAGAAAUUGAUGUUUAUGCCAUGUCAGUGGUGUUGUGGGAAAUAGCAAUGAGGUGUGCUGACAUAUAUGGACGAGAGCCUGUACCAGGUUACAAACCACCAUUUGAAACUGAGCUGGGAGAAUCGAUCACCAAUGAAGCUAUGCAAGAGUUCGUUGCUCGACAGAAGAGGAGGCCAGGUUUUCCUGAUGUGUGGAAACACAACCAUCCUGGACUAAGAACAUUGAGGGAGACGAUAGAAGAUUGCUGGGACCAAGAUGGUGAUGCACGCCUCUCUGCACUUUGUGUCAAAGAACGUUUCUCUGAGCUGUUGAAGGACUAUCCUGAUGGCCUAGCCACCAUUCCAACAGUUAACCCUGUGCAAACAAUUCUUCAGAAUUAUCCCAUGUCUCAUUCACAGAGUUUGUCAGGCAUUUGUAGUCCUGUGUUAAGUGCCCCGCCCAUUGUAGAAGCAAAUCCCUGGGCUGAGCGUUCAUCUAGUCAAGGCCUUACUAUGACAACUGUAUAACUGUCACCAGAGAUUGGAGAAAGUACUGAUUUAUCAAAGUCUAUCCAUGAACAAACUGGAUAUUGCUAGCUUGUCCUGUAACAACUUGGUUUCUAUAGGCAUUGUUAUUGUCUCAUCAAAAUACCAGUGCUGGGCAGUUCAAUUUCUUGGUUAUGAUCCUGUGGUUCUGCUACAAUUAACACUGACUGUAGCUUGAGUGUUUAUUUACACUUAGAAGUCUGGCUGGAAAGGUUAGGCAGUUCACUGAUUGGUUGGUAGAGCUGUUUCUUGGAUCAGGACUGAGAAGAUGUCUAGUUCUAGUGUAUAAAAUAGAAAUUGAAGGGACUUUCUGUGGUGUAGUGGACAUUCAGUACUGCAACAGCAAUAAUAAUUACCGCAAUAAUAAUAAUUAUAUUAAAAAAAAAAACAUUACUGAAUAAGUUUAAGCUGUUGCAAAGAUGACUGAUGCUCGGUGAGAGUCAAUUCUUUAAUCUUGACUGGACCUGAUAGAUCAUAAGCAGUUAGGGUAAGCCUCUGUCUUUACCUGCAAUGUUAAUAUUGCUGCAAUUAUAAAAUUAAUGGAGUUUUGUAAAGGCAAGUGCUUUGCAUUGUUGGUGGGCAAAUGUGAAGUGUUUUUUUAGUUUGAUGUACUUGGUAAAUUGAAAAACUGAGCCCAUAGUACCAGUGAUCAUCAGCAAAUUGUGAUGAUAUAGGCUCAAUAGUCAAACUAAUCUUGCCAGGUUUCCCAGCACACUGACUGGGAAGUGAAGCUAUUAUGAACAGUACUUUAUUCAUUAUUGUGAAAAUUAGCAACCACAAAUUCUUUUCCCCAGGGUUAUCCUAGUCAUUUUUAAAAAAUGUUUCAAGUUGAAGCGUACAUUAAUUAAAUUUUUAUCACUUCUAAGUGAACAAGUAUUUUUUAAAGUAUUAACCUGGUUAUAACCGAGCACAAGGGUUGGUCUUGGCAGUAUGGACCAAGCACCAAUAUUUCCCCAGUUCAGGUUAUUAUAUGGCACUUGGACCAUUCUUGCUAACUUUUGAAAACAAGAAUUACACAUCUUAGAACCAAUCAAAAUGCUCGGAUCUACCGCAAGACUACCUGGCCAUAUAAUAGUUAAACUUAUUAACCUUAAGAAACUGUUGAUGGGCUGAAAUCAUAAUUUUUAUAUUAACACUUAAAUGAAGAUUAAAUUUUGCCUGUACUAGGUGAACAAGUUAAAAAAAGCUUGAGCUUAAUUGAAUAAGGCUAGGAAAUAAAAUGAAAACUGGGGAAAUUGUAAUAGUAUUGUAGAUACUCAGAAAUAUCAAAGCCUUCAUUUAGGAAAAACAACCAGAAAGAUUUGUAAAUAUGUAUUAAUUUGUAGAUCAAAAAGUUAAAAGUUGUUGAGAUGUAGCAAAAAAAAAAAAAAAAAAA